UAUCUAUUUUCAUUUUUGCUUCAGGAUGACACCGAAGAAAAUUCCAAUGAUGGCAGCCAGCCAUCCAAAAGACGGCGGAUGGGCUCAGGAGACAGUUCUCGGAGUUGUGAGACUUCUAGUCAGGACCUUGGAUACAGCUAUUUUCCUGCUGAAAACCUGAUAGAGUACAAGUGGCCACCGGAUGAAACAGGGGAGUACUAUAUGCUUCAGGAGCAAGUUAGUGAAUAUUUGGGUGUGACUUCCUUUAAAAGAAAAUAUCCAGAUCUAGAACGACGAGAUUUGUCUCACAAGGAGAAACUCUACCUCAGAGAACUAAAUGUUAUCACGGAGACUCAGUGCACGUUAGGUCUAACAGCUUUGCGUAGUGAUGAAGUAAUUGAUCUUAUGAUUAAAGAAUACCCUGCCAAACAUGCCGAGUAUUCUGUUAUACUGCAAGAGAAAGAACGUCAGCGAAUAACAGAUCAUUAUAAAGAGUACUCUCAAAUGCAGCAGCAGAACACACAGAAAGUAGAAGCCAGUAAAGUUCCAGAAUAUAUUAAAAAAGCUGCCAAGAAGGCUGCGGAAUUCAACAGCAAUUUAAACCGAGAGCGAAUGGAAGAGAGAAGAGCCUAUUUUGAUUUACAGACACAUAUUAUCCAGGUGCCUCAAGGAAAAUACAAAAUCUUGCCAACAGAGAGAACAAAGGUUAGUCCUUAUCCAGUGGCUCUCAUACCCGGCCAGUUCCAGGAGUACUACAAAAGAUAUUCUCCAGAUGAACUUCGUUACUUACCAUUAAACACAGCUCUUUACGAACCCCCUUUGGAUCCAGAGCUGCCUGCAUUAGACAGUGAUGGGGAUUCAGAUGAUGCAGAGGAAGGGCGAGGUGACGAGAAACGGAAAACCAAAGGCAAUUCGGACAAUUCGUCUGGCAAUGUAUCUGAAGGUGAUUGCGCCACAGACAACCAGGAAGAUUCUUUUCAGGGAAGACAAAAAACAAGAGACAAAAGUGCUACUCCAAGAAAAGAUGGUUCCAAACGUUCUGUAUUACCCAAAUCAGUUCCUGGGUACAAGCCAAAGGUCAUUCCAAAUGCUAUAUGUGGAAUUUGUCUGAAGGGUAAGGAGUCCAACAAGAAAGGAAAAGCUGAAGCUCUUAUACAUUGCUCCCAGUGUGACAACAGUGGCCACCCUUCUUGCCUUGAUAUGACCCCGGAGCUUGUUGCUAUGAUUAAGACUUACCCUUGGCAAUGUAUGGAGUGUAAAACAUGCAUUAUAUGUGGGCAGCCUCACCAUGAAGAAGAAAUGAUGUUCUGUGAUGUAUGUGACCGUGGUUAUCACACUUUUUGUGUGGGGCUUGACGCUAUUCCCUCAGGUCGCUGGAUUUGUGAUUGUUGUCAGAAAGACCCUCCCAUACCCAGAAGAGGAGGAAGAAGGGGGAAAAACAGCAAGGAAGGCUAAACUCCCCUAAAAAACCUUGCUGUUUCAAAAUUUAACUGCACAA